UCACAGCUUCCUGCAACCCGGCAGGUGAGGAAGGACUGAGGAUGAAGACUUUCCUGCUGAGUGCCGUGCUGGGUCUGGUCUUGGGGCUCCGGGUGGGAGCGGAAGUCGGCACCCAACCGAACUUUGAUCCGAACAAGUUUGCUGGGCUCUGGAACAUUAUUGCCGCAGCCUCAAACGACAAGGUGUUUCUUUCCAAGAAGGACUCCAUGAAGAUGCCGACCGCCGUUGUGACUCCUGCAGCCAACGGUGAUCUGAAUGUCAAAUUUGGAUUCCCCAAGGUUGAUGGUGGCUGCCAGAUUAUGGACACGGUUUUCGUCAAGGGAUCUGUGCCCGGCCAGUUCAGCGAUGCAGACUUUAACCAGAAGAAAAUCCACGUGGUCAAGACCGACUACAAACGCUACGCCAUCAUGUACAUGCAGGUGGAAAGGGAUGGCGUGACCAGCAACAUGCUGCAGCUCUAUACCCGAGGCAAAUCCCUGAUUCCAGAUGUGGCCCUCAAAAUGCAGUUGAUGGCUCCCAAACUGAAGCUCUAUCCCCAUCAGGGACGCUUGUUCCCCAAGACAGUGACGUCCAUCUUCAUCUCUCGCCUGGGAAGCGCUGCUGGAUCCUGCCAGAAUCAACCCAGGCUUCUCUCCUCGUCUCCUUCUGGAUUCCCCCCCAAGUUCUCUCUUCCCCCGGGGGGUUUGGGAUCUUGCCUGAUUUCUGUUGGAGUUUUCCUCUCAAGAUGA